CUGCGCGAAGUACUGGGUCAUGUUUUCAGGUGUUUUUCCGGGUUCUUUCAUCCGCUGUCAGAUUAUCAACAGGAAAGAAAUGGCAAAAGUUGAGCUGACACCGCUCAGAUCGUGGGACGACUUUUUCCCUGGUUGGGAAAGAUUCGCAAAACCAGACGUAAAAGAUUUAGCGAAAUGGAACAACAGGGUAGUCAGUAAUCUGCUGUAUUAUCAGACUAACUACUUAGCAACGGCCAUAGUGAUUUUCCUCGUUGUUGGGUUCCUGAACCCUCUGGAGAUGUUCACCGCCAUGGCCGUGGUGUCAGCCGUCUUCCUGGGUUCGAUUUGGGCCGGAGACAACCGAGCCGCCAUCAACACCUUCAAGAGGCAGAACCCCACGGCCUUCAUCAUCGCCGUCAUGGUCCUCAGCUACUUUGUGAUCUCUCUGCUGGGCAGCGUCAUGGUCUUCAUGACAGCGAUCACCUUACCCCUGACCCUGAUAUGUGCACACGCUUCCUUUCGCCUCCGCAACAUGAAGAACAAACUGGAGAAUAAGAUCGAAUGCGCCGGUUUGAAGCGUUCGCCCAUGGGCCUGUUACUGGAGGCUCUGGGGCAACAGGAGGAGAACCUGCAGAAGAUCCAGAACUUUUUGGAGGCAAAGCUCAAAGACUGAUCAGACUUUGGAUUUCUUAAUGAUCUGAUCAGACUUUGUUUUUUUUUUUGUUUUUUUU